AACACAUCAUGGGUAACAAAGUUCUCUGCUUUAUCUGUCUGCAGCAGUACCAACAAAUUGCUGAUAGACGUGAAGUUGAUCCAUGGACCCUACACGGAAUUAUCGCGUAGGUAACCUAAUCUGAAUGAAAGUGUGAAGUAAUGUGGAAGUCGGCAAUUCGUAGCUGUAAUUCCCUCCGAAACGUAUACAGUCCGACUAUACAUUUCAACCGUACCGCAGCAAUGGGCCAUUCUGAUGGUAAAUUAAAGGGAAAAGUUGCAGUUGUCACGGCCUCGACAGACGGCAUUGGAUUUGCCAUCGCCAAGCGUCUGGCAAGAGAGGGAGCCAAAGUGGUUGUAAGCAGUAGAAAGCAAAACAAUGUUGAAAAUGCAGUUGCGAAACUCAAAGCUGAGGGACAUACAGUUACAGGUGUUACUUGCCAUGUCGCGAAAGCAAGUGACAGGCAAAACUUGCUGAAAGCGGCAGAUUCAAAUUUUGGUGGAAUUGAUAUAAUCGUCUCAAAUGCAGCUGUAAAUCCAACUGUGAGCCAAGUUCUAGAGUGCCCUGAGGAAGUAUGGGACAAAAUAUUUGAAGUUAAUGUGAAAGCUGCAUUUCUGCUAUCAAAAGAAGCAUUACCUUACUUAAGAAAGAGAGGUGGAGGAUCAAUAAUUUAUAUAUCAUCCAUUGCUGGAUAUCAACCUCUAGGUUUGCUGGGAGCAUACUCUGUUAGCAAAACUGCUCUUCUGGGUCUGACAAAGGCUGCUUCAGUAGAUUUGGCAAAAGAUAAUAUCAGAGUGAAUUGUGUUGCACCAGGAAUUGUUAAAACAAGAUUUUCAAGUGCUCUUUAUGAAAGUGAAGAAACCAAUGAAAUUACACUUUCACAGAUCCCAAUGAGGAGACUUGCACAUCCUGAUGAGAUAUCUGGAAUUGUAUCAUUUCUGUGUUCUGAGGAUGCCUCUUACAUAACAGGAGAAACUAUAAUUGCUUCUGGUGGAAUGCCAUCAAGAUUAUAACAUACAAUGUGAAAGACUACUUUACAACUGUAUGAUAUUAUUGAGGGUGAAUGGUACAUUAAAAUCUCCAUUUUUUGAGGAUAUAAAGGAGUUUGUGUCGGUCAGGGUUAAUGUUUAUAAAAAUGUCUCAGUGCAAUAUUUUUUUUAAAUUGUGAGUGUAUGUAAAGCAGUGAUUAUUUUGUAAAUUUUAGAAACUGGGUGUAUGGAAUUGGAUAUAUGUAUUGGUAAUGUAUAUAUGUAACCAUGACAGUAUAGUGAAACAUUGAAUUAAAUUAACAAAUCUUGCCAUUAUAAUUGUAUUAAAGACUAAUUUUCAACUGAAACAUUUAUGGCAGUACUAUCCUUAACUUGAAAACUGGUGGAAAUUUGACACACAUAUGAGAUCUGAAUGUAAUGAAUUACCUAUGAGGUCCUGUAAUUUUGUUUGGUAUGUACAUACAUCUGUAUUUCUUCUUGAUAUCAAAAAGUUUUAGUCUUUUUCUGCUCUUCCAGGGAUCUACCUUAUGUAAAAGAAAAAUGGACUUAAAAUAGUGGAAAAUCCAUGAUGUAAUAUAAAAAAGAUAGAUUGGUACUCACCACACAGAGGAGAUGUAGAAUAAAUUUCUUUGAUUUCCGAUGAUCACAAAACUUUUUGGUCCUCAGACUAUUGGUUUCAGUCAGCAGUGACCAUCUUCAGAUUUGCAGCAAAACGUGAGAAAAGAAAUACAACUAGUGGACAGUUUAUAUCUCAAAAUAAUAAAAUAUGCCAUAAUGAAAUGUGUUAUUUUCAUAGACUGGAAACGUGCUUAAAGUAUGAUAAGGUAACAUGUUCUAAUAUGAAUAAAUCAUAGUGACAUCAUCAUGAAAUAAAUACAGAAUCAUGUGAGCUUCUUCACACAUAUUUAAAAUGUGGAGUGAACUAGGCCACAGUGCCAGCAGAGUUAUCCUGUUAACAGUGCUACUGUUGAAAUUAACUGAGGUACAGUAACCACAAAAUACAUUUGUGUUAUAGGCAUGUUAGAUGUCACUAUUAUAAGCUUAUUCAUAUUUUUUAAUUUUAUAAUUGUGCAAAAUGCAAUAAAAUAAAAAUACAAUAGGUUAAAUCU